AUGUUUGUCGAAAUUCGCGGCUGGUGCUUGUUUGAACACGUGACCAAGUUAUGCGGCGUCAUCGCUGUUUGCCUUGUCUGUGCAAAGUCAUUUGCGUGCGCCGCGCACCUCCAACAUCCUGAACAGAAUGAAGGGGGCCGCGAUCUGGAGCAGAGGACCCUUCGUAACGAUAUCCAGCGUUUGCUUUCUGACAGCGACUGGCCUCAGGGUGAGUCCUUUGCGCGAAAUCGGACGCUCUUCAACACCACCCUAAUCGGAAAGGAAAAUUUUACAAGUUAUUGGCAUUUAUCGGCCGAUGCGCCUGUGGCAGAAGUCUUCGAUGCUGCCCACCGGAUGCAUACACCCAAGUCUAUCGAAGGAAAGUCGGCAAUUGUGGAUACCGACCGCGGUCCUUUUCUCUGUCCUGAAACAAACAUCUUUGCCAGUCACCUCAUACAUGGGCCUAUUCUGAUUGCUGUCCUAGGCUGCAUUUUCAUUGUGCUCAAUAGCAUUUGGGUUUUUCGGAUGUUUUUCCUGAAGCGCAGCCUCUGCUUGUCAGCGCAGUCUGGUGGCGCCAAAUACCUGCCGCAUGCGUGCCCUGACAGCGCCGACAAGCUGCAGUGCAAAGCUCAACUUUUGGAACGGAUGGCUGACGUCUACCUGACCCUGCACAUUCAUGCCACACUUGCUGUGAUAGUUUUCUUUCUUCUCAACAUGUGCUUACACACAGUCCUGCACGGGGAAGUCUGGAAUUUCCUGAUUGAGGUUCCCUCCACUCCGGUAUGCAAACAACGCAUAGUCUGUGUGCUGGGCAGCCUGCUGGUGGAUUUGGUUGUCUCCGUGUUCUGGUCUAUCCUCCUACUUUCUCUACUUUUUCUGCUUCUUUUAAAUGUCGCCCAUAGGAGUCGCGUUCUCCUCUGUCUGUGUAAAUGCCUGCGUGGUGGGAGACGUCAGAAAACUUACGCAAUCGUCCUCCACGUGUGCCCUUGGUUCUUCAGCCUGACUACUCGUCUUCUGCACGUCAUGCUCCUCGACAGGUCGCUUCCAAACUACCUCAGCGAGUACGCAAAGCAUACUUCUUCAGUCAGUCAGGAGAAUGAAGGCUUAGGAAAGAUUGUGCAGCGGAUGCGUGCGGAGGAACAGUGCGCGCGCAUAGGAAACAGUACGUAUAGACUGGUAGAGGCCAUUCUAUACACCGUCCCUCUCCUCUGCGUUUUCCCGGCGUCUGUACUUUGCCUUGCCGCAGCACAAAGGCGGCAGAAGAGUGGUCCUACUAAACAACCUACAGUGCUUCUCUACGACACCACGAACGGCCUGCCCCCGUCUAUAGCCGAGAAUACAAAACCCCUCAGUUCCCUUGAGGGACCCUCUACAGUGAAUUCUGUCAUUCAAAGCACCAACUGUGAUAGCCGACAGGACCCUCAAGGCCGCCGGCUUGCCGGACAUCCCAAUUACGGCAACAUAGCCUUAGGCAUGCUUGGUUCUCCCCAAUCACUGACAGUUCUAGCCAGCUUUUGUGUAGCCGGACUGGUAGUUUCGGGUCUUCGAAUCAUGCUGACAUCCCUUGCAGUCGGUGCAGACGCACCAGACCUUUCUGACCUCUCCAAAUCACAGAUGUCCCCUGACUCGUCAAGUCGGUAUGAUAUCACCGAGAAGAUCACGAACCUUCUAGAGAUAUUAACCAUUGGACUUGUCUAUCCCUGUUUUUCCAUCUGCAUUUCAACAAACAGGAUGUUAGAUCGCGGUGUACGCACCGCUUCAAUGACAACACUCAAUUACGUCUGCGAACCCUCCGUGGGUGGGGAGCUGACGCAGAGGUUUCCAGCGGCGCGCACAAGGACGCCGCUGACAACGGCAGCAGGAACAAGUUUUGUAAAACCAAAAUCGCAAAUUCCAGCAAAAGAUCUACUCGAAAUUCCAACAUAUACACGCUGCCAGUUCUAUGGUACACUCAAGACGGAUGAUAAAAAUGAAAUGAUGUUUCCAGAACCCGGCAUUUCACCUGACUCAGUCCUCGUCUCCCUUGAAAACUGUGAAAUAAAAUAG